UUAAAUGUGUGCACGCAGAAAUGACGAACCACACACAGCCGCUCUGAUAAGGUGUUUUGGAUAGGCUAAAGACUACCACCGGACAACUGAUUUUAAAGCGGAUAUCUGUAUCAUAUAAGAAGCAUGUCAGCUUUUGUGGCCCAUCCCUCGGUUCGUAUCAGGGGAACAGAACAUACAUACACUCCUGUGCUGUGUCAGGAUGAGAAGUGUGCAGGGCAGCAGAAAGGAGUGCACAUGCACUGCCCUCUGUGUUCUAUUGCAGAGGCUUACCAAGACCCUGUCAUCCUGAGAGCUCACUUCCGCAUCAAACAUGUGGACAAAGGCAUAGAUUUUGCAGGCUUGAAGGUGCUGCGAUGCUGUAACCAUUGUGAAAUUGUGGGCACAAUUAAAGGAGAAAAAAGGUUUAAGGGUGCUCAUUGGCACUGUUACCGCUGCAGAAAUGGUUUCAACAGGAGGGAUGAAGCCAUCAAGCAUUUUAAGACGCACUUUCGAAAUCCCCACACCACAUUUCAAAUCCAAGUCACACAGAAUGUGAAUUGUCGACAGUAUUAUGGAGAGAGUUCAGAGGCUCAUGCUAAAGCAUAUGAAGGACUGGCAGUGAGUUUUGGAACAGGCGGAGAUGACACUAGCAUUGGAUCAAUCUUAACCCAGCCCAUUCUGACUGCUGGCUCUGAAACCCUAUUAACUGUGGAGCCAAAGGAAGAUGGUGAGAGAAAUGGAUUCCCAUUGGGUGCUGAAGAGGAGGUGGGGUCUUCCCAGCAUUCAUCUGAUGGGACACAGACUCUUGUCCUUAUGGACCCUGAUGGACAGGGAGGCAGCGUGAUCUAUGACACAUCCACUGAUAUUCUCACUGAACAGGAGGCUGAGGGUAUUGAACAGACUCUGCUACAGAAACGACUCCUGGAACUUCACCAACAGAUUGACACACUACGCCAAGAGAAGGAGACUAUGGAGAGGACACUACAAACUGAAAUAAAACAGCUUAAAGAGCAGGUUGCAAGCCUGGUUCAGUCUAAUGUAAGGAUGUUUGAGGAACUGCAAGCAUAUCAAUGUCCAGACCACAGCCAGCAAAAGGUGGUCAAACUCGUGGAGAGUCUUGAAGCUCAGCACAAAGAACUGCUGCAGGCGCAGCUAGCCUCACUCAGGAGAGAGAUCCUCUCCAGUGCAUACAGCAUGCCAAUCAAUGGCCACAAGGGGACACUGGAGCUCAGUGUAGAUCCAGAGGAACCGCAAGCUGAAGAAAUCAGUGGCACUUUAACAGGACUGGAAGAUAUGGAUGUUCAACUACAAGCUGAGCAGCAUGAAUCUUCAGAGCUGGGAUUAGAGCCAGCUGAUUCAAUACCCUGUUUGGAGAGCCCAAGCUUGGACAUAGAUUUGCCAAACACUGGAUUGACUACAUCCAAGAUUUUAGAGGAUAAACAGCAAGUGACACUGGCAUUUAUGUCAUCUAAGAAACGCAGUUCAGUGGAUGAAUCCGAAGAGACAGUAGAAACCAAAGUACAGAGAGUCUGUUAAGAGUCACUUUACAUUACAAAUACUCCAUUCCUCCUCCUUGUCAUUAUUAGGAAUUGUGGUUACACUGGCCACACAUUACUGGCCAAAAAUUAUAUAUGUAUAGUGAUCUGUCCAUAUUCUAUCCCUGGCGAAAUACACUUGGACAAUUUUAGCUGUUUUUAAGAGAUACAGGCAUUUGAUUUUGCCUUACUAGUAGUGGGCAAAAAAAAAAUAAAUCAUGAACGAUUGUUACUUUUCUACGAUCCAAAAUAUUAGACAGAAAAUGUAUUGUACAGAUUUUUAUGUAAACUACUGUAUGUACCCACGCUGGACAUUUUGAUUCAGAGGUUGCAACCAUGCAGACAUGUUGUGGUGAUUUGAGCGUGGCCAAGCGAUGUCUGUGGAGAACGAGGCCGGGAGAGGAAGAAUGGUAAAGAUGGACACCUGUGGGAAAUGAUCUCUAACAGCUGUUGUUACAGUGAGAGCUGGAGAGGUAAGAGGGCGGUCCAGACUGCCGGAGGAGAGAGAGACGCAUGCAGCAGAGUGAUUAUGUGUGUGCAUUGUUGCUGAAAAGCAAAAACCUUUGCAUGUAGACUGAAAAGUGUGGAAAAUAAAAGCUUAUGUGUAUUGUUGAUCUGGCUGCCGCUUCCUUCACGAAGAGAGUUAAAGAACCUGUCACAUUGGUGCCAAAAACCCGGGUUUAGGAGGAAGAAAACACCGUCAUGGAGUCUUCACCACUGGCUGAAAUGUUCAAGACCCUCACCAGCAUCCACAAAACACAAAGGGUUUUUCUUUUCAGCAACAAUGCACACACAAUCCCUCUGCUGCAUGCAUUUCUCUCUCUCUCUCCCUUCCAGCCAUCUGAACUGCCCUCUUAUCCCUCUCCAGCUCUCACUGUAACAACAACAACAACUGUUAAAGAUAAUUUCCCACAGGUGUCAAUCCUUACCGUUCUUCCUCUCCCGGCCUCGCUCUCCACAUACAUUGUUUGGCCAUGCCCACAUCACCACACAUGUGUUAUUUAAACGUUGCUGUUUUAUGACAUUGACUUCUCAAAUUUGCUCUGAUGCUGUUAUGAUUCAAAGGAUGUUUUAUAUUGGAUUGUCUAAGGGUGACGUUGGCCAAAAAGAGAACUCAAUUUAAUGAAAGAUUACAGAGAUUGACCACUUGAACAAGACCAGGAACGAGAAUUAAGAAAUUAGAAAGGGGCCAUUUUAAAGGGUGACAUAAAUGGUUGGUCAGGAACAAUAGAUCUACAGUAAAUUGUAGUCCUAUUUUAAGUCCUAUUUCAACUCUUCUGGUCUUUUUAUACUUGAAAUCAUAAACCCCUGUCAAACAGAAUCCUUGAAUAUCCUUGGAAUAUCAUACUUUAUCCUUGGUUUAGAAUCAGGUGAGGUCUUUGCCAUGGUGUUGUAUUUCAUGAUGUAAUCUGGACAUAAGCUACUUGAUGUGGACAAAUGUAAAUGUGCCAUGUUCUGAUCAGGUGAUAGGUGAUUUCAUGUUAAUGCCAAGUAUAAACGGGUCCUAUAUUCCAUGCAAGUAAGGCUUCACUGAGCUGUGUUAAAUACCCUGUUGCAGUUUUAGCUAAAUUACUAAUCACUUCGCUGCGACAGGUGGACGACGUGACAUCCGUUUUGAAAUUCACUGACAUGUAAUUGACGUUAGGUCUGCGUCUUGAUUUAGUCAAACUUUUGUUCAGUGAGACAAGUGAAUGAUGCAGUCAUAUUUUUGGAACUUUUCACUGGAACUAGUGUUAUUAUUAUCAUUACUAAA